AUGGAAAACUACAGUAAAGGUAAAAAUGUUGAAGAAGAACUGGAACGUAGCAAAAUACCCAUUAAAGACUUGCCUGACAAUUUUCUGUGGAUGCAAGUGAAAGGUGGCAGUAAGAUGGCCAAUUUACUAUCUCAUGCUGCGGGUAUUCUGGAAGACAAAGCGGCCACUGCUGUUGUGUGGACUGGGGCUGGAGUAGCCAUCUCAAAGGCCAUAUCGUGUGCCGAAAUAUUAAAACGACAGUUUUCUAUUGAACAUCAACUAACAAAAUUGUCAUACAAAACUGUGGAAGAAUAUUGGGAACCCAAAAUAGAUGGUCUUGAGACAUUAGUAGUAAAAAGACAAAUACCUAUUAUACAUAUACUGCUCUCAGUAAAUGCUAUUCCUGAUACAAACCAAAUAGGGUACCAAAGUCUUAAUGGAAAGAAGUUUUGGCAAAAGGAACAAAGCAGCAACUCAAAGCAAAACCAAUCACAUAAACCCAAGAAACCAUUUAAACAUAAGAAAACAUAA